UUUGAGAGGGUGAACGUAUUUUUUGGUUUGAUUUCGCUUCACGACACAUCUUCCAGUUCCACACAACUACUCUUUUGUUCUUCGAGCACAAGUGAUGAGGACAAGCGUGCUGACUAGUCAGUUCAUCACAUCAGUAGUCUGAAUAGGGGAGCUUCACGAUCAAGUCUGUCAAGUGGAAGGCAACAUAGAAGGAAGGAUUGAGUGAAUGAGAGUGCUGUUUUCCGAUGGGACGGCACUGUUUAUCAGGUACAUAAUCAUUGUACAUGUAUUGUCAUGAAAGUGCGCGAUGAAGUUGUUCACAUGUAUAAAUAGUGCUUUUUGGUGUAGAAAUCCUGCAACACGUAGCUGCACUAUUUGCUUCUGCGCAUCGGAAUGGAUACGAGUGAAAUAGGACAGAAGCCUCUGAAUGAAGUAGGGCACUCCAGGCACAUGUCAGAGAAUGGCUGUCUCAGCACAGUUGAACAGGCGAUGGACGACGUGUCCAAACUCUCAGUGGAGGAUGUGUUUCGGGAACAGUUGCACAAACGCCGCAAGCGUCAGAUCAAACUCAACGUUGGCGGACGCAUGUUCGUGACAUCACUGACAACCCUCUCUGCUGACCCGGACAGUAUGUUGGCGGCUAUGUUUAGUGGCCGCCAUGAGCUAGAUGUGGACAAACAAGAUAUGAGUGUGUUUAUUGAUCGGAAUGGGCAGGCGUUUGCGUCGAUUUUGGAGUGGCUGCGGACUGGCCUUGUUCCAGCAUCUGUGCUGCAGAGUGAUAGCGAGCGAAAAGCAGUGCUCGUUGAGGCCAAGUAUUUUCAACUGGAAAGUCUGGCAAGCAAGCUGGAGGAGGUUGAUAGUCAGUGCAUGGAGGGUGAAAGCGGAAUGGCAGACCUCCUGGACUGUGGCAUAAUCAAGCUAAACGUCGGUGGCAAGCUGUACUCUACGUCGCGGACAACGCUGACAUCGGACACAUCGUCGAUGCUCGCUUGCAUGUUCUCUGGCCGUCACAACGUUCAUCGCGACGAGAAUGGAUGCAUAUUCAUUGACCGAGACGGCGAGCUAUUCGCCCACGUGCUAAACUGGCUACGCAGCCGUACGGUCCCACCGCUCGAUCCCGUGACCAAGGCAGGCCUGCUCACCGAAGCACAGUACUUCCAACUGACCGACUUAGCAGCGGCGCUGAGCCAAGGUGACAUCACCGAUCACCGAUGCUUGCGGCAGAUCACGCCGGAGAUAUUCUACUCGUCCUACCAAAGCUCUCUGGUGAACAAUCAGCCGCUGGUGUUCAGCUAUGUGGACCUGCGACUCAUACCGAGCAUGGCGGGUCUAUUCCUGGCCAAGGCUGAUUUGCGUGGCUCGAAUCUUAGCGGUAUCUGCCUUCGCAACACCACGCUGGAAGAGGCCAAUCUCAACGGUACGCUGUUCAGCAGCUGUGACAUUCGCGGUGCCAAUUUGCGUGGUGCCGUGCUCAUUGAUGCUACGCUGGACUCGGCCAACCUGCAGAAUGCUCUCAUGGACCGGUGUCGCCUGGCUGGCGCUAGUCUCGUCAAUGCGGACUUGCGACAAGCGUACAUGCGAUCGACGCGCGUGUCACGUACCAACUUUCAGGGUGCGCUGACGGAGGGCACGCACGGCCUGGAAAUCGAGCACUCCUCUGCCGCGCGUGGCAACGGCGCUGCUCACCCGCCCGCGACUAUUCCGACGUAACAACGUGCGCCAAAACACUACACCCACCCGCGACUAUUCCAAUGUAACAGCGUGCGCCAAAAACACUACACCCACCCGCGACUAUUCCAGCAUAGUAAUGUGUGCAAAACGCUACAGCAUGGUCCGUUUGCGCCGAGCGUUCGCACUCAUCUCCAAGAAUCCAUGGAUAGAGAGAUUGCCAUGCGUUAGCACUGCCACGGCCAAGUGCUAUUUAUUCCUGACACGGAGUCAAGUCUCCAGCCGCCUUUCAAUGCGGUUAUCUCACGCCAGUGACUAGUGUACAUAUUUGUAUAAAAUCAUCAUGGUAUGUAUGUAUGCCAUUGUGAGCUGCUGUUUUAUUCGAGUUCUUUGUCGUUUUGCUGAUAGCGCUAUCCUCGCGCGACUGCCAGUUGUACAUUGCUGAUAUAACUUCUGCUAUCACCUCAGUUGCAUUGCUGCUGUUACUAGUGUUAGGAAGAACGUAGAGUCCUAUCCAGCUUAGUGCUUCUACUUGUACAUUGUAGUUGUUGUGCUGUGUCCAACUGUUGAACAUUCUAACUUUAUUCCGAUUUACAAUACAUGACUGUACUCGUAUUACCAUUAUUUUCAGAAUCAUCAUUGUUUGGUCCACUCCAGUGUGGGGGAGGAUCUGAACCAGUUUUAUCCUAUUAUCUUCUUGCUGUUCGCAACAGCCUCUGGGUUUCUCUUGAAUACUCUCAGUCUCCAUGCUGACCUAAGAAAACUGCUGGAGCGCGUCUAGCGCACACGCCUGGGGUCUUCAAGAACUUAUACCUAGUACCUCUCAGCGAUCUCACGCAGACGUGUCCCUAUUUUGACUGCGGUCUGCAUUUUAUGUCGCGCUCAGUGCUAUCUUUCCCGGCCGGGAAUCCCACUUUCUUGGAGGCCCAGGCUUAGUCUA